GCUCCCCGGCUGGAGCAGCGAGGGCGGGGCGGGGCGCGCGGCUUCUCCGGGCGGCUCCAUGGGGAUGUGUUCACGGCAGGAGCGCAUCCAGAAGGACAUCGACGUGGUCAUCCAGCGGUCCCGGGCCGACAAGGACGGCCUGUUCGCGGAUUUCAGGUACGCGGACUCCACCUUCACCUUCACGUACCUCGGCGGCCCCAAAAGUGUAUCCUAUUCCGUACACGUAUCUGAAGAUUACCCAGAUAAUACAUAUGUGUCAAGUUCAGAAAAUGAUGAAGAUGUAUUAGUUACUACAGAGCCAAUUCCAGUAAUUUUUCAUCGACUAGCAACAGAAUUAAGAAAAACAAAUGACAUUAACUGUUGCUUAUCCAUAAAAUCCAAAUUACAGAAGGAACAUGGGGAGGAGUCCAGACAAAACAGUACCGUGGAAGAAGACUCGGAAGGGGAUAAUGACUCUGAAGAGUUUUAUUAUGGGGGACAGGUGAGCUACGACGGGGAGCUGCGCAAGCACCCGCAGCUCGAGGCCGACCUGUCGGCGGUCCGGGAGCUCUACGGGCCGCAGGCCGUUUCUCUCAGGGAGUAUGGAGCCAUUGAUGACGUAGAUAUUGAUCUACAUGUCGAUGUCAGCUUUCUUGAUGAGGAGAUUGCUGUGGCUUGGGAAGUGAUUCGAACAGAACCUAUAAUUGUCCGGCUACACUGCUCACUUACACAGUAUUUAAAUGGCCCAGUGCCCACUGUCGAUGUCUUUCAGAUUUCCACCAAAGAGCGGUUCGGACUGGGACACCAGCUGAAAAAGAUCAUGCAGACCUUCGUCACGCAGCAGUGGAAGCAAAGCAAAGACAAGCCCAGCUGCCUGCACGGCAAGAAGCUGUCGGAGCGGAAGGUGAAGUCCCCCCUGCAUUUGUUUUCUACCCUGCGCAGGUCGCCCAGCUACCCGCCCCCCGGCUGCGGGAAGAGCAAGGCCAAGCUGAAGGCCGAGCAGGACGGGAUCUCCAAGACGCACAAGCUGCUGCGGAGGACUUGCGCCGGCGCCGCCAAGGCCGAGGACGGCGCCCCCAAGGCGCACCGGCCCUUCGGCCGCUCCCUGUCCAGCGACCCCAGGGCCGAGCAGGCCGUGAGCACCCUCAAGCCGCACAAGCUGCUGGCCCGGCCCUGCCCCGCCGCCCCCAAGCCGGAGGACUGCGCCCCUCUCAAGCCCCACAAGCUCUUGACUCGCUCCUGCUCGGGGGACCCGCGCUGCGAGCACGGCCCGAAGGCCCAGCGGCUGCUCGGCAGGUCCUACUCCAGCGGCCUCCGCGUGGAGGAGCUGUACGGCCUCAAGGCCCCCCGGCUGCUCGGCAAGGCCCCCGCCGGCGCCCCCAAGGCCGCCCGGACCGAGCCCUGCCCGGAGCCCAGCGAGGGCCGGCGGCUCUCCCUCACCUCAGGGCUCAUGGGCAUCCUCACGCCCUCCUCCCAGCCCGCUCCAAAUGGUGCCAAAUGCGUUCCCAUCCGAGACCGCGGCUUCCUCGUGCAGACGAUCGAGUUCGCGGAGCAGCGGAUCCCCGUGCUGAACGAGCACUGCGUGGUGUGCGACGAGCGCCACGUCUUCCUGAACGGCCCCAUGCUCAGGCCCACCGUGUGCGAGCGCGAGCUGUGCGUGUUUGCCUUCCAGACGCUGGGCGUGAUGAACGAGGCGGCCGACGAGAUCGCCACGGGGGCUCAGGUGGUGGACCUGCUGGUGUCCAUGUGCCGGUCUGCGCUGGAGUCUCCCAGGAAAGUGGUCAUUUUCGAGCCAUACCCUUCUGUGGUCGAUCCCAACGACCCUCAGAUGCUGGCCUUCAACCCCAGGAAGAAGAAUUAUGAUCGAGUGAUGAAAGCACUGGACAGCAUAACGUCUAUCAGAGAAAUGACACAGGCCCCGUAUCUGGAGAUCAAGAAGCAGAUGGACAAGCAGGACCCCCUCGCGCACCCGCUGCUGCAAUGGGUGAUCUCAAGUAACAGGUCCCAUAUUGUGAAACUGCCAGUCAACAGGCAAUUGAAGUUCAUGCACACGCCGCACCAGUUCCUGCUUCUCAGCAGCCCACCAGCCAAAGAAUCCAACUUCAGAGCCGCCAAGAAGCUCUUCGGCAGCACCUUCGCGUUUCACGGCUCCCACAUUGAGAACUGGCACUCGAUCCUGAGGAACGGCCUGGUCGUGGCAUCUAACACGAGGCUGCAGCUCCACGGCGCCAUGUACGGCAGCGGGAUCUACCUAAGUCCAAUGUCAAGCAUAUCAUUUGGUUACUCAGGGAUGAACAAGAAGCAGAAGGUGUCCGCCAAGGAUGAGCCGGCAUCCAGCAGUAAAAGCAGCAACGCAUCACAGGCACAGAAAAAAGGACAGCAAUCCCAAUUCCUGCAAAGCCGUAACCUAAAAUGCAUAGCCUUAUGUGAAGUGAUCACCUCGCCGGACCUGCACAGACAUGGGGAGAUAUGGGUCGUCCCGAACACAGAGCAUGUCUGCACCCGGUUCUUCUUCGUCUAUGAAGACGGCCAAGUGGGCGAUGCCAAUAUCAACACGCAAGAAGGGGGCAUCCACAAGGAGAUCCUGCGCGUCAUCGGCAACCAGACGGCUACCGGCUGAAGGACCGCCGUCUCGCUCACGGGGUCGGAAAGCUUUCCUCGGGUUCAAAGCUGGGUUUUGAACUGAAGAAGAAGAUGAACUAAUUUAUUGUUAUUAUAAACAAAGUUAAUCCUU